AUGGAUGACGAAUUCCUCUCUAAUUUAAACCCGGCUCUGGCCGGAGACCCUGAGGCUUUCAGCCCCAACUCCACCGAGGAGCCCGGCUGGUGGGCGUCCUCUGACGGCGGGGAAACGGUCCACUUCGCCGUGCGCUGCGUCAUGACCUCGGUGUACAUCCUGAUCAUCACCGUGGGUCUGCUGGGCAACAUCACCCUGGUGAAGAUCUUCAUCACCAACAGCGCCAUGCGGAGCGUCCCCAACAUCUUCAUCUCCAGCCUGGCGGCGGGAGACCUGUUACUGUUGGUCACCUGCGUGCCCGUGGACGCCUUCCGCUACUUUUCCGAGGAGUGGGUGUUCGGCGAGGCGGCGUGCAAACUCAUCCCUGUCAUCCAGCUCACCUCGGUCGGCGUGUCCGUGUUCACGCUCACCGCGCUCAGCGCGGACAGGUAG